AUGAAUUGCUCCGUGACAUUACGGGGCGUCGACAUCACUACAGUUCCAAACAAUCACUUCAAAUCAAAACACUCCUCCUUAAGAAGAAGGUUUGACCUGAUGAUGUCUCCUGAAGUCUUUUUCCUGACCCUGUGUCCUCUGUUACUGAGCGCCUAUCAAGCUCCUGAGGACAAGGAGGACAUCUUUACCAGCAGGUCGUGUCCUGCGUUCCUGGUCUUCGAUAACGCAGCGUACGUGGCUGACAUGACCGUCGAGCUGCCCUGUCACUGUAAACCAGCAGACGCUCUCUCAGUGGUGUGGUACUAUCAGAAACACCUGGGGACAAAGAACACCAAAGUCCUCACCGACUUUUCAGGCACCGCGAUAACGGAUUCGUCCAAAGUCGGACGAGAGGCGAACCUGCAUGAUCGCUUUUCAAUCCGUUUAUUCAGCCUGAUCAUCUUCAGAGCUCAGCCGAGCGACUCCGGGCAUUACGUCUGCGGCACGGCUUCGGGACAGUUCUUCUACGGCUAUGAUGUAGAUGUUCAGGUCAUUCGGAAUGUUCUCUUUCCCUGGAACCUCGAACAAACAGCCGAAGCACAAACAAACCUCGAACAAACUGGCAUCUUUCUCAAGUCUGAUCCCAGUGAGACGUUCAGAGUGUUCACCAGUUACUGGCCUUGGUCUGCGUGCGAUCGGUGCGGCGUGCCAGGCGAGCAGGUCCGAGUGGGGCUCUGUUACGUCGUGAGUGAAUAUCUACACGUGCGCUACAUUCGAGAGAUCAGAAACGUGACCUCGUGCGGUUCCUCUGCGGUUCCUCUGAGAUUCGGGCUGAGCGGUGCUGACUACGGGGCUGAGCUCAGCGUCAGAAGAUGCAAAUCUUCCUGCCCUCCAAAACCUCCAGUGAAUCCACAGCGACAAGCUCUGCUGGAGUUUCUCGGGUACGGCAAAGAAGCUUCUUCAGGGCUUCUGGUCUACUCGCAUAACCAUCCAGCAAACACCGAUCUCGUCCUGUCGUGUCCCAAAGCGAGACCCCAGCACACAGUGGCGUGGGAUAAAGGCUCUACGCCACUUUAUCGCUCUCAGUAUAUGGAAGGAGUGGAUACAAACCCGCGUGUGUUUAUAGAUUUAGGUCACCAUCUCCACUUCAGACCUGUGACGAUGGAGGACAAAGGGACAUACUACUGCUGGAUCCAAGGCAGAAAGGCUGCUGAGAUCAGACUCGGGGUGUAUACACGACUCGGACCCCAGCGCAGUCUCAGCGACCCAGAGUCUCUCUUCGGCCUCAGCGUCAUCCUUCUGUGUUACGCCGGACUCACUGCCAUCUUCCUCUUCAUCAUCUCCCUGAGAUUCAUUUGUGACUUGAUCACAGAACGAAGAGCCUCGUUUUAGCUUUCAGUAAAUA